UGGGCCGCCCGUGUGUCCUCGGGGUGCCAACCGGCAUUUCCCGAGGGCCGGGCUCGUCUCCAAGCGCCUGGCGGACGAGGCCGCGUCCCCGGCCUCCCCCGCGCGCUCUGGUCGCGGCGAGCUCGGGAGUGAGGGGGCAGGAGCCUGAAUUCGGCGGGCGGGAGGCACCGAGCGCAGACGCAGCCCCCACCCCCUCCCGGGAGCGGGCGGCUGGCGGCCGGCGGGGGCGGAGGAAGAGGCGGGGGCUGCGGGCCCCUGGAUGCAGGAAGCGGAGUCUCGCCCGGGCGUCGGCGCCGCGGACGGGGACGCUGUGACUUCGGCGCCGGGGCUCCGCGGGGCUCGCCCUGCAGGUGAGGAGGAAAACAUGACGGAAACAGAUGCCUUCUAUAAGAGUGAAACAUUUGAUCCGGCAGAAAAGUACAAAAUGGACCACAAGAGGAGAGGAAUCGCUUUAAUCUUCAAUCAUGAGAGGUUCUCCUGGCGCUUAACGCUGCCAGAAAGGCGGGGCACCAACGCAGACAGAGAAAAUCUUAAGCGCAGGUUUUCAGAGCUAGGAUUUGAAGUGAAAUGCUUUAAUGAUCUGAAAGCAGAAGAGCUCCUGCUCACAAUCCAUGAGGCAUCAUCUUCUAGCCAUGUAGAUGCUGAUUGCUUUUUAUGUGUUUUCCUGAGUCAUGGCGAAGGCAAUCACAUUUAUGCACAAGAUACCAAGAUUGAAAUUCAGACUUUGACUGGCCUGUUCAAAGGAGACAAAUGUCAGAGCCUAGUUGGAAAACCCAAGAUAUUUAUUAUUCAGGCAUGUCGGGGAGACCAGCAUGAUGUGCCCGUCAUUCCUCUGGAUAUAGUGGAUCAUCAAAACAAGCCGGAUGUCAACAUAACCCAGGUCGAUGCUGCCUCCGUUUCCACGCUGCCUGCCGGAGCUGACUUUCUCAUGUGUUACUCUGUUGCAGAAGGUUAUUAUUCUCAUCGGGAAACUGUGAAUGGCUCAUGGUACAUUCAGGAUUUGUGUGAGAUGCUAGGAAAAUUUGGCUCCUCCUUAGAGUUCACAGAGCUCCUCACCCUGGUGAACAGGAAAGUUUCUCAGCGCCGAGUGGACUUUUGCAAAGACCUAAGUGCAAUUGGAAAGAAGCAGGUUCCCUGCUUUGCCUCAAUGCUUACUAAGAAGCUGUAUUUCUUUCCGAAAUCUAAGUGACAGAUAUCUAAACUAUGUAUCUUGUCUAUAUUCAAAACAGAUUUUUGUCCUUUUAUAUAAAUAUCACUAAGGCGGAGGCUUAUGGUAUAGCAAUUUAAAAUGUUUUAAGGCUUAAUGAGAACUUAAAAUAGUUCAUAUUGGCAUUAGACAUACUGAUAUUAGAUGAAAAAGGUUUGAUAUAUAUGAAAUGAAAUCCUCAGGGAAUCACUAUAAACAAAAAUCCAAACAUUUCUAAUACCUGAUUUUUAUAGUAAAUCUCAAAAAUAUCUGGAAGAUUUAACUUGUAUUUUGUUAAGUUUUUAUAAGUUUGAUAAUGUUCUUAAAGGUUUCUGAAACCCAAAAACUAGUUGUUUCCCCUUAAUAAAAUAUUUGAAAUUCGUACUUUAA